AUCCCCCCAACUAACAAAUAUUUUUUAAUAAAAUAAUUUCUCAACCUUUCCUUUUAAUUCCAUCUCCACCCAAACCAAAAGCUUUAUCCGAUCUUUAGGGUUUUCUUCUUAUUAUCUAUUUGAAUUCUCUCAAGAAAGCCCUAAACACCUCGGAUCAGGUCUCAGCUUGUGGUUGUUAAGCCUAUUUGAUCAACUAAGUUUCAUGUCUGAUCUCGACGUCCAGAUUCCUACUGCCUUUGAUCCCUUUGCUGAUGCAAAUGCUGAGGACUCAGGUGCCGGUGCAAAGGAGUAUGUGCACAUUCGUAUUCAGCAACGCAACGGUAGGAAAAGCUUGACGACUGUCCAAGGGUUGAAGAAAGAAUUCAGCUACAACAAGAUACUCAAAGACCUCAAGAAGGAGUUUUGCUGCAAUGGUACUGUGGUCCAGGACCCUGAAUUAGGGCAGGUUAUUCAACUCCAAGGUGACCAGCGCAAGAAUGUCUCAACCUUCCUUGUUCAGGCUGGCAUUGUGAAGAAGGAAAACAUCAAAAUCCAUGGUUUCUAAAUUGCAUCUGCUUAUGGUUUUCUGCUAAGUCACCUGUGCCUCGUGUCAAUGCAGGAAACACAACUUGAUUACAACUUGAUUAGAAUCUAUAUAGUGUUAUGUUUUCUUUAUGUUGGUUUGAUAAAAAACAAAUGCAACUCUUAUUUAUUGUGUUUUUCAGUUCAUUGGAUGCUGUAUUGUUUGAUGAUUAUGAAAUUUAUGGAAGUUUGGUUCUUUAUAAUUCAAAGUUAAAACAA